UUUACAAAGACAGGAAGUGGAAAAACCGUGUGAAUGUCAAGCUCAAUCUCUGGAAGAAUAAUCAUGUCAGGUUACAGGUUAUUUAGCACUUUUACUAUAACAAAGUGCAUCACAAGCCGUCUUUCAUUAGGCAGAAUACAAACAUGCGGAUACGCGAAGAAAGUUGCAUUUAAAGGAAAAGGUAAAAGUGUGGUUCAAGAGGAGCUGAAAGGCCCAGAGGUGUGUAAAGAUCCCAUCAAACUUACAACUUACGCAGUAGGUGUCAACUUCUUUAAGCAAGGAGAGGACCCCAAACUGAAGCCUCGGGAGGAAUAUCCAGAGUGGUUGUACGAUCUGAACCUGGGAAAUCCUAAAAAGCUGCAUGAGCUGGAGCCAAACAGCUGGGAGUAUUUCAAACGUCUGAGGAAGGAAAAUAUCUGGCGUUCCAACAGACUACGUAAAGGGAAGAAGAUGUAGCUGCUUUUACGGAUGAGAGCAUUUUCCUCCUGAACAGCCGUGUGCUUUACAGGCACUGGACUGAAUGACCUUUUCUAGUAUGUGUUUGCAGCCUGUGUCAGUGUCCUGAUUGAUAUCUGUGAUAAACC